AGUUUUCCAUUAGUGAAGCAUUUUUUUUGAGACCAAUGCAAUCAAUUAAGGUUAGAGAAAGUUCCUGCAAUUUCCAAUUAUCUUACAUUCUGCACAUCCUUGGCAGGAAGGUUUGGCACCUAUGCUCAAGAAUCCGGUGGCCGUCGAUAUGGAGGCGUUCGAAGCCCAGAGUUAUCAUUAGGAGAUUUGGGAAGCUGAGUUGCAAAGGCCAUCCUCACCCUAAAGAAAAAUUAGGCGCCAAAUCUGUCAACCUUCUGAAUGGCCAACCAGUAAGGGGUGGUAUAUCAGAAAGGCCCAUCAGGAUUGCAACAUUCAAUGUUGCCAUGUUCUCUCUUGCACCUGCUGUUCCAAAGGCAGAGAAGUCAGUUGUUUUUGUCCAUGAAGAUGAUCAAUAUGUAAAAGUUGGUAGUCAGGCCAAGUCCAUGAACAGUCUUCCCAAGAGCAUACUCAAGCAGUCGCCUCUCCAUCCCGCGAUAAACUAUCCCGAGCAUCUUUCAGAGCAAGUAAAGCUCACGAAAGCAAAACUGAGAGUUUCGAUUAAUCUUCCUGAUAACGAGAUCUCAUUAGCUCACAACAAGGUGCUCGGUGUUGUGGAAGACGAAAAAGAUGGAUGCUCUAGCAAGAUUUUAAGUACAGAGCAUAAAAGCCAAGUGCCAAUGAGGUCCCCGGUGUGCUUCCCUCCCGGUAUGAGUAUGAUAAAUUAUAUGGAUGAUGGAAGCUUGAGAGGCAGCAGAACCAUUCUCGAUGUUCUUAGGGAGGUCAAUGCUGAUAUCUUGGCUCUACAAGAUGUGAAGGCUGAAGAGGAGAAAAACAUGAAGCCUCUGUCCGAUUUGGCUCGGGCUUUGGGGAUGAAGUAUGUGUUUGCGGAGAGCUGGGCACCAGAGUAUGGGAAUGCCAUCUUGUCAAAAUGGCCGAUUAAGCGGUGGAAAGUCCAGAAAAUCUUUGAUGAUCAAGAUUUCAGAAAUGUGUUGAAAGCAACGAUUGACGUGCCACGGAUAGGAGAAAUUAACUUCUUCUGCACCCAACUUGACCAUCUAGAUGAAAGUUGGAGGAUGAAGCAGAUUAAUGCAAUAAUUCAAUCAAAUGAUUAUCCUCACAUCUUAGCAGGAGGUCUUAACUCUCUUGAUGGAUCAGAUUACUCAUUACAGAGAUGGACAGACAUUGCCAAGUAUUAUGAGGAGAUAGGAAAGCCUGCACCAAAGGUUGAAGUGACGAAAUUUCUGAAGGGAAAAGGGUAUGCUGAUGCAAAGGACUUUGCAGGGGAGUGUGAGCCUGUGGUCAUCAUUGCCAAAGGCCAAAGUGUGCAGGGGACAUGUAAGUAUGGGACUCGAGUGGAUUACAUACUGAAUUCUUCAGACUUGCCCUACAAAUUUGUUCCUGGUUCAUACUCGGUCAUUUCAUCCAAAGGUACUUCUGAUCACCACAUUGUUAAGGUUGAUAUCGCGAAAGCAGUAAACAAUGCUGGAGGGCUUGUCAGACGAAGGCAAAAAGUAAAGCGAAAGGUUGUAAGGAUAGUAAACUCUUGUUCAUCAAGUGAAAUAGAUAGAUAAUAAAUUGAACUUCUUUCCCAGAAACUUUUUAUUUCAGUAGGAACUCGGGACAUUUAUUGAAAGAACAUAUAUGUUGUUGUUAUCAAUUAUAUUAAUAGGUGCUUGUUGGUCUUACGAACUUGGGCUUCAGAAGAAUCAGAAAACGCCCGUGACAUGAUCACGUUUUACUUUUUGUAGUGUUGAUAUCAACACAUAUUUUUGUUGCUCGUAUAGGAUUCUCAAUGAUGUAAUGAAACUAAACCAAUUCAUGCAAUAUUUAUCAUAAUUCGCGGCAGCCCCA